AUGGUCAAAAUCAUGAAGACUGUAGCCGAGAUGAAUGCGGAACUGAACGUUGAGGAGAGGAAUUUGCUCUCGGUGGCCUACAAGAACGUAGUUGGCGCUCGUAGAAAUGCUUGGAGGAUAAUUAGCAGCAUCGAACAGAAACAAGAGCAGAAAGCCGGAACGAAGUCGAAGAUUAUGGAGAUGGCUAGAACCAACAUCGAAAAGGAGCUCAGGGAAAUCUGUAAGGAGAUUCUCAACCUUCUUGACACGACUCUCAUCCCCAAGGCUUCAACGCACGAGACGAAGGUUUUCUACCUAAAAAUGUUUGUAGCGUUUGCGUGUUUGACGUACUCUUUAUAGGAAGGGUGA